AAAUAUGUAAAUUUGUUAAAUUAAUAAACUAUAAUAAUUAUUCAAAUGAGUUUAUCUUCUCAUAGAUCUUAAGCAAAAAUAAAAUUAGCGAUAUUUGACAAAGAAGGAUACUUAACAAAUGAAGUUAUUUAGAUUUGUAAGGAUAUAGGUAUUGACGAGCAAGAUCUAUACCAAAGAGAUAUCGAAGACUUUAAGGAAGUAGGCUAAGAAGAUGGUUAAAUAACAAAAAUAUAGUAAAUGAGAUUUUAACAUUACGAAAAAAGAAGGCAGAUUAAAAUCAAUGCGAUCAAAGAGACUAUGAAGUUAAUCAGAGAAAUGGAAUUAGAAAAAUAAAAAGCCGUUGAACAAGCUAUCAAAUAGACUACAUAGAUGACUGUUUUAGAUAUCAAAUAAAACAAAAAUAAAGAAAUCAAGCUCUAAUAGAUUAUAUAUUAGAUGGAAAAAGAAUAACUUUUAGGGUUGUAAGAUCAAAGCGAAAAUAAAAAAUAGAAUAUACAUAGCUUUUAGGCUAUUGAUGAUGGUUACAAUCCAAAAGAAAUUAGUUAAAAAUAGUAAAAUAUGUAUAUUAAUAAGUCCUUUCACUUGUAAUCUGGAUAUGGGAACUAAAAUAAGGGCAAAGAUAGCAAUUCUUUAAAUAAACGAUCGUAUAAUUAAGUUAAAAAUGGCUACUAAGAAGAUUAAUUUAAUUAAAAAUAUGUAAAUAAUUCUAAUAACUAAUCUAUAUUGAGUGAUGCUCAAAACAUAACUUUGGGAAGUAAAUCAGUUGUGCUUUAAAGAGCAGGAAGCCGUAAGCACCACUUUACACAGGGAGACCAUGAAGAAGAUUGUAAAUCUAAAUAUAAUACUCUUGAGCAAUAGAAUUCAAGAUAGAAAUUAAGAAAUUACACUGCUUCAAUAUCUCCUUACAAUAAAGAUUAAUCCCUUUUAAAUAAAACUUUACCUCAUUAAAGCGUAAAUACUGUAGUCGAAAACCUUGACUACGAAGUUAAGUUAAAGUUAGUUAGAAAACUUAUGAGAAUGGAAAGAAACGAUGAAAUAAAAAAAGAGGUAGCCAAAUAAAAAGAAGAAGCUGAAAAUCAAAUAAAAGAAGAAUUAGAGUAAAAGGAAUAGGCUUUUGCUUAAAAUCAUGCAAAGAUCCUAAAGCAAAAAGAAGAGAUUCUUAAAAAAAAAAUGAAAGAUCAAAAAGCACAUCAAAUGAUUGUGAGAAGUUAAGUAAAAGCCAGACAAAAAGAAUAAGAAAAAGAACGAAUUAAAAUAAAGGAAUAGUAGAUAAAAGAAAUAGAGUUAAGGAUGCAGCUUGAAUAGAAAAAAUUAGAAGAGGAAGAAAAAUAAAGUUUCUUGAGGUAUUUAGAAAGAAAUGAAGAAAAAAGGUAAAUAGAAGAAUUUAAGAAAUUGAAAUAAGAAUAAUAGAUUUAAAAAGCCCUCCAGUUUAUGCAAGAAAUAGAAAAGGAACAAUAAGCCAAAUAAUAAAAGCAUAACCAAAUAUUAUCCUAAAAGUAAAGAGAAGUCUCUAAAAAAAUCGAAUAAAGAUAAAAUAGGGCUAAAUCAAAUAUAAUCAUGAGAGAACAAGAAAUAUAAGCCAAUAAAUCUCACACAAUUUAAAAAAUAAUUUAGAGUAUUUAAUCGAAUAGUGUGACUAAUCAAGAAAGGAAAAGAAAUACUAGUGUUUAUUAAGCCUCUAAAAUGGUUGAAAUUAAAAGCAAAAAAGAAGAAUUCGAAAGAGAAUAAAGCAUAAAAUUGUUAGAUAAAGUAAAAUAAUAUGAUAUCAAAGUUAAAUAAGCUGAAUAGUUUAAAAAUCAAGUAUUUAAUGAGAACUCUGCCCAAAAAAAAGAAUAAUUUUAAUUAAAAAGAGAAGGAGUUCUUGAAAAUUUAGCUAUAAAAGAUUAUCAAUGGGAACUUUAAAGAUAAAAAGAAAUGGACAAAUAUAAAUAAAAAAUAGAAAUGGCCAAAAUAAAUAAAAACAUUAAAGAAGAAAUAAAUUUUCUAACAUAAUAAGGAGUAAAAGACAUGUACAAUAUAUUAAAAAAGUAGAAAGAGUAAUGA